CCCCACCCAUGACAACCUUUCUUGACUCGGAGGUUACUGCUUAUAACUACCCGUGCCGCAAGCAUGUAACUUGUACCAACGAGGCGCAUUCCGCCACUGCACUGAUUUAGUCUUCUCUAAAACGUACUCCUUAGACAAGUGAAUUGCUACAUCGAAGCUACACACAAUGUCCUCCUCGCCCGUUGUACCCUUCUCCGAACCGCCCUACGUUGCCGGUCUCCCGUCGCCGUACUACAAGCCGACACAUCUCAGGUGGCAGAAGGCGUGCCGAGAGUUCAUCUCGAAGAACCUUUUGGAGAAUGCGCUCCAGUGGGACUCGGAAGAGACGGUGCCUGAGCAUGUUUUCGAAACGUUCGCGAAGGCAGGAAUGCUGAUUCCGAGCCUGCCAGCUCCUCUUCCUGUAGAAUGGCUCAAAAGGCUCGGUAUACAUGACAUACUGGGCGCGGUCAAAGUUGAGGAGUUCGACUACCUCCACACAAUGAUCUACUGCGACGAGAUGGCUCGCUCCGGCCUGGCUGGACCAUCCGGAUCCCUCACGACCGGCAUCUCCUUUGGCGUUCCUCCAAUCCUUAAGUUUGGCAACAAACAAUUGCAGGAUCGAUUCCUGCCCGAGCUUCUUACCGGAAAGAAGCGCACAUGCAUUGCCAUCACCGAGCCCGAGGCAGGAUCGGACGUCGCGAACAUUACCACGACGGCUACAAAGACUCCAGACGGAAAACAUUACAUCGUGAAUGGUACGAAGAAGUGGAUUACGAAUGGGAUAUGGUCCGAGUACUCGUCGAUGGCUGUCCGGACCGGAGGGCCUGGACCUACAGGUCUUUCAAUGCUUGUCGUUCCGCUGAAAGGCUACCCUGGUGUCAAUAUGCGCCGUCUGAAAGUCGGCGGGCAGGUCUCAGCCGGAACAACCUUCAUCGAGCUAGACGACGUGAAGGUGCCGGUCGAAAACCUCAUCGGGACAGAAGGUGCUGGUAUGAGAUAUAUCAUGACCAACUUCAACCAUGAGAGACUAACGAUCGCUAUUGGCGCAACUCGUCAAGCGCGUGUUGCCCUCGCCGCAGCCACAGAAUACAUACUCAAGCGCGAGGCUUUUGGGAAGCCGCUCGUCGAACAGCCAGUCGUCCGACAACGCCUGGCGCGAUGUGGAGCAAUGGUUGAGAGCCAAUGGGCAUGGGUAGAACAAUUUGCCUAUCAGAUGACUCAGUUGCCGAAGGAGGUGGCUGACAUCGAGCUCGGUGGCUUGACUGCCAUGGCAAAGGCGCAGGCUGGUAUUGUAUUGAACGAAUGUGCACAAUGUGCUCAGCUUUUGUUCGGUGGCAACGGCUACACGAAGUCUGGCCAAGGAGAGUUGGUCGAAAGAAUCUAUCGGGAGGUGCCAGGCAUCCGCAUUCCGGGUGGGAGCGAGGAUGUAAUGAUGGAUCUAGGAGUGCGACAGCUGGUCAAGAACUUCAGGAACAAAACAAAGGCGAUGGAAAGGUCCAAGGGUUCUUCGAAGUUAUAGUUUACCUUACAUAGUUGAAACGAGUACGAUCCUUCCACUCG